AUGAAAGAAAUGCUACUGCUGUGCGAUUCGAAGCAGAUGAAGUCUAUUGAUUUGGUGGUUCCCAUACUAAACAGACAGGUGAAGCAAAAUGACUGCCUUUUGACAGUUCGCAAGUGCUUUUUGGUAGGGCAAAAGGUGUAUGACCUAGUUUUCAUCAAGGAGAGUCCGCUGGACGAUCUUGCACUUGCUUCCAGGACAGUGCUUAUUGAGCACGCUGGACCGAAGCCCAGAUCCACAGUUUGUGUUUCCAGUCAAAUUGGCUGCAAGAUGGGAUGCAGCUUUUGUGCUACAGGCACCAUGGGCCUACGCGGUCAACUCAGUGCCGGGGAGAUUCUGGAACAGCUGUUCCAUGCAAAGCGCUUUGCUCGCAGCGAAGCACCUGUGCGAAAUGUGGUCUUCAUGGGUAUGGGUGAGCCUUUGGACAACUACGAGAACGUGAUUGCAGCUGUGAAGGUGAUGCCUGAGCAUGCCUUCGGAUUGGCUUUGAAGAAUGUGACCAUCUCUACCGUGGGCGUCAUGGGCCGCAUCCGAGCUUUGGGAAGCGAAUUUCCCUUUGCAGGGCCCAAUUUGGCACUUUCAUUGCACGCCCCCACGCAGGAGCUCCGCAGACCUUUGGUGCCUUCUGCAAAGGGACUUCCAUUGACGGAGCUCAUGCGUGAAGUGGACGAUUACGGAGAGCUCACAGGGAGCAAGGUCAUGAUGGAGUACAUCCUCAUUGCAGAUGUGAACUCCUCUGAGUCCUGUGCGCACCAACUGGGUGAGUUGUUGGCCAAUUGCCGAGCACUGGUCAUGCUCAAUGUGAUUCCCUACAAUCCCACAGUGAGUGGAGAGGUGAAUGGUUACCGGCCUCCAACAGAUGCUGAGUGCCGCAAGUUCAAGUUCAUCGUUGCAGAGUAUAGACGCCGCUGGGAUGCGCCGGGCAACGCAGGUGCAGAUGGCCAGGCUGGCGCACCAGUGCUUUGCACAGUUCGCUGGAGCACCGUCCCAGGGCAGGCGCAGAUUGCAGCUUGUGGGCAGCUGGCCUUGCAGGCGCCAAAGGUGGAAGCAGGCGACAUCGAGGAGGCCUAUCUCAAAAAGACACUUUCAGCUCAAAAGGAAGACUGGUGA